UGGUGGAUUCAAGAUCCGAUCUCGCCCCGUGAUGCUGGGCGAUUGUCGAUGCUUGUUCUGUUUCACUUUUGUUUUGUUUCUUGGCUCUGUUGUUAUGCCGUCUGGGGGAGUCGCUAUGUGUUUUGAGCUUCGUUCCUCUGCCCUUGCGUUGUUUGAGAUCUAUGAUGACAUGGGUGUAUGUGGGAGGCUCUGGGGAAAUCUUUAUGCGUGUCCAGUGGCUUUGAGGAUUUGUCCGGGCUAGGAAAGGAUUGGCCUUGAAGAGCGUCGUUGGUUCUUUGUUGGUUGGUACCGAAAAUUCGAAAUCUUCUGUUGUAAUUAUAUGCAUUUGCUUCCAACUAAUCCGACCUCAGCUCAGCGGGGAUUAGUUUACGAGAUGUUGAUCGAAUCUGCAGUUAUUAAGUGUUCCGUUCUUCGUGGUAAUCAGGGCGAUUUGAUGCAAAUAAAAGACUCGAUGAUCUAAUGGAGUCGAAAGGUGGCAAGAAGAUGUCUAGUAGUAAAUCUUCAUUCUAUGAAGCUCCUCUUGGUUACAGCAUUGAAGACGUCAGACCCAAUGGCGGCAUCAGGAAGUUCCGAUCAGCUGCUUACUCCAACUGCGUGCGCAAACCAUCCUGACAUCCCCCGUUUGGCAUCUCGACCACUUGAGGUGGUCAAUUUUCUAAUCUCAAAAUAAUUUAAAUUUUUCUUCUCCUCCAAGAAAAAGUCUUUCUGCUCCUCUCUUCCCCCUCUCUGCAACUUCAAUCUCUCUGCAAGCUGGGGCGUCCUUGUUACAGCAAUGGAUCUGGAAGUUUCUGCAAUUGGCUUUGAAGGUUAUGAAAAGAGGCUAGAAAUAUCUUUCUACGAGCCUGGACUUUUUGUUGAUCCAGAUGGGAGAGGUCUCCGGUCGCUCUCUAGGGCUCAGUUGGAUGAGAUUCUAAAACCAGCCGAAUGUACCAUAGUCUCGUCACUCUCUAGUGACUAUGUCGAUUCCUACGUGCUUUCAGAGUCUAGCCUCUUCGUCUUCCCCUAUAAGAUUAUCAUUAAAACCUGUGGUACGACAAAGCUACUUCGGUCCAUUCCACCCAUCUUGAAUUUGGCGUGCUCUCUUUCCCUCACUGUAAGAUCUGCAAAGUACACUCGCGGUUGUUUUCUAUGCCCUGGAGCUCAGCCAUAUCCUCACCGUAACUUCAGUGAAGAAGUUUAUGUCCUUGACCGUUAUUUUGGAAAGCUUGGCUCAGGAAGCAAGGCCUAUCUGUUGGGCGGAUUUGACAAAACCAAAAGAUGGCACGUGUAUUCUGCUUCGGCAGAUGAAGUCGAGUCUGUUUCCCCUGUUUACACCAUGGAGAUGUGCAUGACCAGGUUGAACAAGGAGUCGUCUUCUGUGUUCUUCAAAUUCCAAACGGGCAGUGCAGCUGCUAUGACCAUCGAAUCUGGAAUCAGAAAGAUUCUUCCCAAUUCCAAGAUUUGUGCUUUCGAAUUCGAACCUUGUGGUUAUUCCAUGAAUGCUGUUGAAGGCUCUGCAACGUCCACCAUUCAUGUCACACCAGAAGACGGGUUUAGCUAUGCCAGCUUUGAGGCAGUGGGCUAUGACCCAAACGAUAUCGAUUUCAAUCAGUUGAUUGGGAGGGUACUGGCUUGUUUCCGACCAAAGGAGUUCUCCGUGGCGGUGCAUGCUGAUGUUGCGGCUAAGUCACUCGAGGAAAACUGUUCUCUGAAUGUUAAGGGGUACCGCAGUGGAGAGCGGUGCCUUGAAGAGCUGGGAGCAGGCGGUUCCAUCAUGUACCAGCGGUUUGCGAUGACCGGUCGCUUCGCACGGCCUAUUACAUUGAUGUCUAAAAUCUGAACACUGCUGGAGGGAGGAACGGGGAUGGUUCCUGUUCUACUUUAUGUUUGCAUUUCUUAGUCAAACAAAGUCACUUCAUACUUGUCAAGCCUACUGGAUAUUUUGGCGUUACUGUGUUGCUCAUCAUGCUUCUCUUUCAUUGUUGGAAUAUCAUGGACAAAAUUUA